GCCCCCACGACGUUCGUUCCAGACGGCAGCGCGCGCCGCCCAGAAGACCCCCCUGCCGUUCCCCAUGUGAACCGCGCUGCUAGUGCCACAACGACAAGUGAGCGCGCGUGUCUUGUGCAUCCAGUGGACUACUGCAUCGGGAGCGGAAAAGCGGGAAAAGCGGCCAACAUGAGCGCUGCCGUGUUCAUGAGGAACACCGACAACCUGCGGGAGACGAUGCCGCAGACGGUGCCCAGCCCUCGCGGCAACCCCUGUGAGUUCGGCGACUUCGCGGCGGACGCGUUCGACCUGUCGCUUCUGCCGUCGCCGACGUUCGGGCCGACCUUCGGCCUCGCCACCAGCACGUGCAGCCCCGCGGCCUGGGGCGCGCUGUCCGACAGCGAGGUGCCCUACUCGCCCACCAGCGUGAGCCAGCUCAUGUCGCUGUUCUGCGAGCCGCCGCCCAUGUUCCCGGCCGAGGACGACGCCAAGCCCGACGCCAAGCCCGACGCCAAGCCCGACGCCAAGCCCGCCAAGGACGAGCCCCUCCUCAAGAAGGUCAAGACGGAGCCCGAGCUGUGCUGGGAAAACCAGCGGGCCUUCCUGUUCCCCGUCAAGCAGGAGGACGCCAGCGUGCCGCAGAUGCAGGACGCCGUCCAGGACGCCGAGCACGACCACCAGCUCCUCCGCGAGGUCCUCAAGGACACCAGCUUCCAGCGCAAGUUCAACCUGAAGCCCUUCGACCUGCAGCAGAUGGCGUCGGCGCCCUGGGCCGCGCCGCUGCGGAGGACGCUCUCGGGCGGCGCCUCCAACCAGGCCGUCAAGAUGGAGGAGGGCGAGGAGGACUUGCAGCAGCUCGACCAGGACGCCAUCGAGCCCAUGAUCUCGCUGGCCAUCCAGCAGAUGCGCAACGAGAUCGGCAGCACGUGCUCCAUGCUCGGCAUCGCGCCCGACCCCGCGCUGUGGACGCGCGAGGACGUCCGCGCCUGGAUCAUGUGGACCGUGAGGCAGUUCUCGCUGCCCAGCGUGCAGUUGCACCUCUUCGACAUGGAGGGCGCCACCCUGGCCAACCUCAGCGAGGUGGAGCUGACUCAGCGCGCGCCCCAGAGCGGCUCCCUCCUGUUCGCCCAGCUGGAGAUCUGGAAGGCGGCCUGCGUCGAGGACAGGGGCGUCUCCCCGCCCCCCGCCGCCCCGCUGCUGCACCAGCUGGAGGCGCCGGCCGCGACCCUCCCCACCGCGCCCACGCUCUUGUCGGAGCAGAGCGCGUGCAGCCCGCAGAGCCAGCACAACUCCAGCGCGUCGUCGGCGGACACCUCUGACGACGAGGACGAGGACUGCGACGCCGCCGCCUCCGCUGCCGCCGCCACGCCGGGCUCGUCGUCGGCGUCGUCGUCGUCGCCGUCCUCGCGCGGCUCGCACAUCCACCUGUGGCAGUUCCUGAAGGAGCUGCUGGCCGCGCCCCAGGUGCACGGCAGCUGCGUGCGCUGGGUGGACCGGCCCGGCGGCGUCUUCAAGAUCGAGGACUCGGUGAGGGUGGCCCGGCUGUGGGGCGCGCGCAAGAACAGGCCCGCCAUGAACUACGACAAGCUGUCCCGCUCCAUCCGGCAGUACUACAAGAAGGGCAUCAUGAAGAAGACGGAGCGCUCGCAGCGGCUGGUCUACCAGUUCUGCCACCCGUACAGCCUGUAGAGUUUGCCACGCCCGCGGCCCCCCUCUCCCUCGUUGCUGGACAACGGCGGUCUUGAGGGGGGUAAGUAGAGUAACCGGCCUGGACGGUGUCCUGGAUGUCCGUCCGGCUGACUUGCCGGCUGACUUGGCUGGAGUGUGCGAGGCCGUGGCGGCUAGUGACGCGCCGCGACGCGCGCGUAGCGCCUGCUACCCAGCGCGUCCGCUAGCGUCCGCGCACGCCACGGCCGCGCCCUGUACAUGCACUGUAAAUACGAGGCCCGCGCCGCUGGAGGAAGGUAAUUUCCAGUGCGGCUGCGCGGUCCCAACCUGUAAACUGUAAACGGUGGCGGUGUUGCUUGUGUUGCUGGCGCUGUCCCCGGGCCGCGCGGAGAGGCCGCCCAGGCCCCCCUCUCGGUGCUCGGGUGGGGUACUUAUUCUGCCCUGAGCUCGAGCUUGCGGAGCUUGCGAAGCUUGCGAAGCUUGCGAAGCUUGUCGGGGGCGAGGCGGCCGCCGCCGGACUGGGCCGCGCUGUCCCGGGGUGUGCCGGUGAUUUUUAUUGUUCCCAUAUAUCUAUGAUAUAUUUCUGAGAGUACGUUCUAUGAACAAACCCCAAUAAUGUUUCCGGGGCCGGCGCUACGUCGUCGGACCCACACUCUUCUGAAUGCGCAUUCCCUUGCUAUCUGUGUGUGUGCGUACAUGUGUGUGUGUGUGUGAGAGAGAGUAAGGACACGUGCAGUGCACGGUCUUUAUGUGUGAGAAGAAUUAUGUAUGUGAGUGUUAUGUAUUUCCUGAGAAUGUUUGUGAUCUCCUUAAUGUUCUUAUUUUAAUUAUGUUAUUGAGUAUUACUGAUAAUGUAACCAUAAAUGCAGCAUAUAGUAUGAUGCAAUCUUAUCUCAUAUUAGUUAAAGUUUGGAACUAACAAGAUUAGCUUUUUGUUUUCAUUCUAGAGAUAUUUUCUUUUGUAAUAAUUUAUGGUACCUUUUAUAUUUAUAAUUAAUAUAUUUUACAUGAUAUUUAUUCCAAUUGUUAGAACAAUUGUUUGAAUGGUGACUUAUGAUUAUGAGGUGACGAUGAUAGGUUAAGUAAUGUAGCAUGUGCUGUAGUUUUAGCUCGGCUGAAAAUGACAUUUAUGGCGUUAAGUUGUAUUUAUAUAUUUAUAUCAGCAUGUGGCACACUCAAUACACUUACAUUUGACAUAAAUUGCAGCAUCCACUUUUCAAAGGAAAAAUCUGUUGAACACAAGAUAUGUCAUCGCUGUGAAGAUUUUGCACUUAAGAAGACCUUCAGAAGCUAGAGCUCCCUUCUUAAGAUCUCCUCGACUGCAACAAAAUGUCUUUGCUUCCUUUUUCAUGCCAGAAAGUCUGAGCAUCAAAUAUUUUGUCAAAAAUGAUUUUUUUUCUUCAGGGGUGCCAUCCAUUGUUCCAUGUGUUUUGGAAAUGUGCUCAAAUGUGAAAUAAAAGACGCUUUUACUUAAAA